ACUUGGCCUCCCGCUCUGGUUUCGGCCCUCACCUUCACGGAGGGAAGAAGGCUGUACACCCCCAGGGGUUCCAUCCCUGAGGGAAGCUUGGGAAACGCAGCCCCCUCCCUCCCCUUCCUGAACGCCCCCACCCCCCAACGCCCCACCAGCUGAGCCCCAACGAGCCAGUCCGGAAUGAUCCUGCUAUGGCCAAGCUCUGGUUCAAAUUCCAGCGGUACUUCCGCAGGAAGCCCGUGCGUUUCUUUACCUUCCUGGUGCUCUACCUGAUGGCCGGGAGCCUGGUCUUCCUGCACUCUGGCUUCGUGGGCCAGCCCGCUGUCUCCCAGAACCAGGCCAGCCCUGCCGCGGGGGUCCCGGCUGAGGGCGCCGAGCUGCCCUUCUUGGGUGACCUGCAUCUGGGCAGAGGCUUCCGGGAUGCGGGCGAGGCCUCGAGCCUUGCCCGCCGGUACGGACCCUGGUUCAAGGCCAAAGACGGGAGCGAGAGGACCAAGCUGGGUGAUUACGGUGGAGCCUGGAGUCGAGCCCUCAAGGGGAGGAUCGUCCGGGAGAAGGAGGAGGAGCGAGCCAAGUACAUCGGCUGCUACCUGGAUGACACCCAGAGCCGGGCCCUGCGAGGCGUGUCCUUUUUCGACUACAAAAAGAUGACCAUCUUCCGUUGCCAGGACAACUGUGCAGAACGGGGUUACCUGUAUGCCGGGCUGGAGUUCGGAGCCGAGUGCUACUGUGGCCACAAGAUCCAGGCGACAAACGUGAGCGAGGCCGAGUGUGACAUGGGGUGCAAGGGCGAGCGCGGCAGCGUGUGUGGUGGCGCCAACCGCCUCUCCGUCUACCGGCUGCAGCUGGCCCAGGAGUCUGCGCGCAGGUAUGGGAGCGCGGUCUUCCGUGGCUGCUUCCGCAGGCCCGACAACCUCUCCCUGGCCUUGCCCGUGACAGCCGCCAUGCCGAACAUGUCCGUGGACAAGUGCGUGGACCUCUGCACCGAGAAGGAGUACCCACUGGCCGCUCUCGCGGGCACUGCCUGCCACUGCGGGUUCCCCACCACGCGGUUCCCCCUCCACGAGAGGGAGGACGAGCAGCUCUGUGCCCAGAAGUGCAGCGCGGAGGAGUUUGAGAGCUGUGGGACUCCCCGGUACUUCAUCGUGUACCAGACACAGGUUCAAGACAACCGCUGCAUGGACAGAAGGUUCCUCCCAGCCAAGUCCAAGCAGCUCAUCGCUCUGGCCAGCUUCCCUGGCGCCGGCAACACGUGGGCUCGCCACCUCAUCGAGCUGGCCACCGGCUUCUACACUGGCAGCUACUACUUUGACGGUUCUCUCUACAACAAAGAGUGGCCGGAGUUCGUGAGGAACUACGCCCCGUGGUGGGCCACUCACACGCUGGACUGGCUCAAGUUUGGCAAGAAGGUGCUGGUGGUGCACUUUGAGGACCUGAAGCAGGAGCUCUUCAUCCAGCUGGGCCGCAUGGUCAGCCUGCUGGGCGUGGCCGUCAGGGAGGACCGGCUGCUGUGCGUGGAGGGCCAGAAGGACGGCAACUUCAAGCGCUCCGGGCUGCGCAAGCUCGAGUACGACCCCUACACGGCUGACAUGCACAAGGUCAUCUCUGCCUACAUCAAGAUGGUGGACGCGGCCCUCAAGGGGAGGAACCUCACGGGCGUCCCCGACGACUACUACCCUAGAUGA